AUGUGGCGAAUUUUCAGCUCAGGAAGCACGGCAAAAGAAGACCCUCCACGGGGCCUACCGGCGUCAUGGUAUCACUCAGAGGCAAUGUACCAACUAGAGCGACGGGCAAUCUUCUCCAAGCGAUGGAUGCUGCUCACCCACUCCAGCCGUUUCAAGAGACCAGGAGACUAUCUCUCUUUCACAAUCGCCAACUUCUCCUUUUUCGUCAUCCAAGACCGAGACGGCACAAUCAACAGCUUCCAUAAUGUCUGCCGUCACCGCGCAUUCCCCGUCGUCCAGUCCCCUUCCGGCACAACGUCCAUCCUGAGCUGCAAGUACCAUGGAUGGUCAUACGGCCUGAAGGGCAAUCUUGCCAAAGCUCCGCGAUUCGAGACAGUACCUGACUUCGAUAAAACUCAGCACUCGCUAUUCCCAAUACAUGUGCACAUCGACAAAGCUGGCUUCGUGUGGGUCAAUCUGCAGGCCGGUGACGCAGACGUGAAAUGGACAGAUGAUUACAAGAAGGUCGAUGAGGAGCCUCGGAUGCAGGAUUUUGAUUUUGCAGCCGAGUUCAAAUUCGACCAUUACUGGGAGAUGGAAUUGGAUGCGAACUGGAAAUGUCUUAUUGAGAAUUAUAACGAGUGCUACCAUUGCGCUACUUCUCAUCCGCUUAUUAACGGCGUUUCGGAUUUACCAAGAUAUCGGGUUGAGCCCAAGGCCCGAUAUAUGGAACAUCAUAUCUUCAAUAAGGAGGGUUCUGAUAGCCAGUUUCGACGGGCCAUCACGUACUUCUAUCCUACGACUUCUGUUACGGUGACUGAUAAAUUCUUCUAUAUCCAGCGAAUGAUUCCUCUGUCUGCCACAUCGAGCAAGAUCGAGAAUGAGGUUUACCGUCACCGGGAUGCCACUGAUGAAGAAUUUGAGAAUAUCAAUGCAUUUUACAGGCAGGUACUUGAUGAGGACAAGGAGCUUUGCGUUGGAACCCAGGAGAACCUUAGCGCCGGUGUUUUCACCAAUGGCGAACUACACCCUAGCAAAGAGAAGGUAGUGGUCCACCAUCGGUCUUCUGUUACAGUAGCUAACCGAGAGAGUAGGGGCCCAUACACUUCCAAAGUAGCAUCAGACAAAUGGUCAUGGAACAUCGUAGAAAUGAGGAAAAGCAAGGAGGACCGGAGAUUUGGCCAGCCACCCCGACCACCCAGUUGUCGAAGAAUGCCGCAGAAGAUGAGGACUUUUGCUCCCAGUUGGAGGCGUCAAGUUGUAUAG